GUGAAUACCAGUUGCGUCUCUUAACGUCCAUCGUGUGGCGGUGUCGUUCACCGUGCGUGCUGCCUCAAGGAAACACAACCAGCGGAGAAGUCUACUCAGUUAUACAAAAGAAAUGUGGUAGUGUGGAAGAUCCAGACUUUGAGGAUCAACAUUUGACUCUGAAGUUGUAAGGGGCAUGGCAGCGUCUUUCGCUUACAGAGGGGUCCCCGGAGGCAUGCCUCCAGGCGUCCCCCCUCCAGCCUCCAUCCCCGACUUCAUGUCCGAGGAAAAACUUCAAGAAAAAGCGAGAAAAUGGCAGCAGUUGCAGGCCAAGCGGUACUCAGAGAAAAGGAAGUUUGGAUUUGUGGAUGCCCAGAAGGAGGACAUGCCACCCGAGCAUGUCCGCAAAAUCAUCAGGGACCAUGGUGACAUGACCAACAGGAAGUUCCGCCACGACAAGAGGGUCUACCUUGGGGCGUUGAAGUAUAUGCCCCAUGCCGUGCUGAAGCUGCUGGAGAACAUGCCCAUGCCCUGGGAACAGAUCCGAGAUGUGCCAGUGCUUUACCACAUCACUGGAGCCAUCUCCUUCGUCAAUGAGAUCCCCUGGGUGAUUGAGCCGGUCUACAUCGCACAAUGGGGAGCCAUGUGGAUCAUGAUGCGUCGUGAGAAGCGUGACCGUCGGCACUUCAAGCGCAUGCGUUUCCCGCCGUUUGAUGACGAGGAGCCGCCGCUGGACUACGCAGACAACAUCCUGGAUGUGGAGCCGCUGGAGGCCAUCCAGAUGGAGCUGGACCUGGAAGAGGACUCCUCCGUCGCCGAAUGGUUCUACGAGCACCAGCCCCUCAAGGACGCCACAAAGUUUGUGAACGGCACCACCUACCGUCGCUGGCAGUUCACGCUCCCUAUGAUGUCCACCCUCUACCGCCUGGCUAAUCAGCUGCUCACAGACCUGGUGGAUUACAACUACUUCUAUCUGUUUGACCUCAAGGCCUUCUUCACUUCCAAGGCUCUCAACAUGGCCAUCCCCGGAGGGCCCAAGUUUGAGCCGCUGGUCAGGGACAUUAACCUCCAGGAUGAGGACUGGAAUGAGUUCAAUGACAUCAACAAGAUCAUCAUCAGACAGCCAAUCAGGACAGAGUACAAAAUCGCCUUCCCCUACCUGUACAACAACCUCCCACAUCACGUCCACCUCACCUGGUACCACACUCCAAAUGUGGUGUUCAUCAAGACGGAGGACCCUGAUCUGCCAGCCUUCUACUUUGAUCCCCUGAUCAACCCCAUCUCCCACCGGCACUCUGUCAAGAGUCAAGAGCCUCUGCCUGAUGACGAUGAGGAGUUUGAGCUGCCUGAGUACGUGGAGCCCUUCCUCAAGGACACUCCUCUCUACACGGACCACACCGCCAACGGCAUCGCUCUGCUCUGGGCGCCACGCCCCUUCAACCUGCGCUCUGGGCGGACCAGGCGAGCAAUUGACAUCCCUCUCAUCAAGAACUGGUAUCGUGAGCACUGCCCUGCCGGCCAGCCUGUGAAAGUGCGCGUGUCCUACCAGAAACUGCUGAAGUACUACGUGCUCAACGCUCUCAAACAGAGGCCACCAAAGGCCCAGAAGAAGAGGUACCUGUUCCGUUCCUUCAAGGCCACCAAGUUCUUCCAGUCCACCAAGCUGGAUUGGGUGGAGGUGGGGUUGCAGGUCUGCAGACAGGGCUACAACAUGCUCAAUCUGCUGAUCCAUCGUAAGAACCUCAACUACCUGCAUCUGGACUACAACUUCAACCUCAAGCCUGUCAAGACGCUCACCACAAAGGAGCGUAAGAAGUCCAGGUUCGGUAACGCUUUCCAUCUGUGCAGAGAGGUGCUGCGUCUCAGCAAACUGGUUGUUGACAGCCAUGUUCAGUACAGACUGGGAAACGUUGACGCAUUCCAGCUGUCCGACGGGAUCCAGUACAUCUUUGCCCACGUGGGCCAGCUGACGGGCAUGUACCGUUACAAGUACAAGCUGAUGAGACAGAUCCGCAUGUGCAAGGACCUCAAGCACCUCAUCUACUACCGCUUCAACACCGGACCAGUGGGUAAAGGUCCAGGCUGUGGCUUCUGGGCUCCUGGCUGGAGAGUGUGGCUCUUCUUCAUGAGGGGCAUCACCCCUCUGCUGGAGAGGUGGCUGGGCAACCUGCUGGCCAGGCAGUUUGAAGGGCGUCACUCCAAGGGCGUGGCCAAGACGGUGACCAAGCAGCGUGUGGAGUCCCACUUUGACCUGGAGCUGCGUGCCGCCGUCAUGCACGACAUCCUGGACAUGAUGCCCGAGGGCAUCAAGCAGAACAAGGCCAGGACCAUCCUGCAGCACCUCAGCGAGUCCUGGAGGUGCUGGAAGGCCAACAUCCCCUGGAAGGUGCCCGGCCUGCCCACCCCCAUCGAGAACAUGAUCCUCCGCUACGUCAAGGCCAAGGCUGACUGGUGGACCAACACGGCCCACUACAACAGGGAGCGCAUCCGCCGCGGUGCCACUGUGGACAAGACGGUGUGCAAGAAGAACCUGGGCAGGCUGACCCGGCUCUACCUCAAGGCGGAGCAGGAGAGGCAGCACAACUACCUGAAGGAUGGCCCCUACAUCACAGCAGAGGAGGCCGUGGCCAUCUACACCACCACGGUGCAUUGGCUGGAGAGCAGGCGCUUCUCCCCCAUCCCCUUCCCCCCGCUGUCCUACAAACACGACACCAAGCUGCUCAUCCUGGCCCUGGAGCGGCUCAAGGAGGCCUACAGUGUCAAGUCUCGUCUGAACCAGUCCCAGAGGGAGGAGCUGGGUCUCAUCGAGCAGGCCUAUGACAACCCCCACGAAGCCCUGUCCAGGAUCAAACGUCACCUGCUCACCCAGCGAGCCUUCAAGGAGGUGGGCAUCGAGUUCAUGGACCUGUACAGCCACCUGGUGCCGGUGUACGACGUGGAGCCCCUGGAGAAGAUCACAGACGCCUACCUGGACCAGUACCUCUGGUACGAGGCGGACAAGAGGCGGCUGUUCCCGCCAUGGAUCAAGCCGGCCGACACCGAACCCCCACCGCUACUGGUGUACAAGUGGUGCCAAGGUAUCAACAACCUGCAGGACGUGUGGGAGAUGACGGAGGGCGAGUGCAACGUCAUGCUGGAGUCCCGCUACGAGAAGAUGUACGAGAAGAUCGAUCUGACGCUGCUCAACAGGCUGCUGCGUCUCAUCGUGGACCACAACAUUGCUGACUACAUGACAGCCAAGAACAACGUGGUCAUCAACUACAAGGACAUGAAUCACACCAACUCGUACGGCAUCAUCCGAGGGCUGCAGUUUGCCUCGUUCAUCGUGCAGUACUACGGCCUGGUCAUGGACCUCCUGGUGCUGGGUCUGCACCGGGCCAGCGAGAUGGCCGGCCCGCCCCAGAUGCCCAACGACUUCCUCAGCUUCCAGGACACGGCCACCGAGAGCGCUCACCCCAUCCGCCUCUACUGCCGCUACAUCGACCGCAUACACAUCUUCUUCAGGUUUACAGCGGACGAGGCCAGAGAUCUGAUCCAGAGGUACCUGACGGAGCAUCCGGACCCCAACAACGAGAACAUCGUGGGCUACAACAACAAGAAGUGCUGGCCCCGCGACGCUCGCAUGAGGCUGAUGAAGCACGACGUCAACCUAGGGCGUGCUGUGUUCUGGGACAUCAAGAACCGCCUGCCCCGCUCGGUCACCACGGUGCAGUGGGAGAACAGCUUUGUGUCCGUGUACAGCAAGGACAACCCCAACCUGCUCUUCAACAUGUGUGGCUUCGAGUGCCGCAUCCUGCCCAAGUGCCGCACCAGCUACGAGGAGUUCACACACAAAGACGGAGUCUGGAAUCUGCAGAAUGAGGUGACCAAAGAGAGAACAGCACAGUGUUUCCUGCGCGUGGACGAUGAGUCCAUGCAGCGCUUCCACAACAGAGUCCGCCAGAUCCUCAUGGCCUCUGGGUCCACCACAUUCACCAAGAUUGUGAACAAGUGGAACACGGCUCUGAUCGGUCUGAUGACGUACUUCCGCGAGGCGGUGGUCAACACCCAGGAGCUGCUGGACCUGCUGGUCAAGUGCGAGAACAAGAUUCAGACGCGUAUCAAGAUUGGCCUCAACUCCAAGAUGCCCAGUCGUUUCCCCCCUGUGGUCUUCUACACCCCCAAAGAGCUGGGCGGCCUGGGCAUGUUGUCCAUGGGCCACGUGCUCAUCCCUCAGUCAGAUCUGCGGUGGUCCAAGCAGACGGACGUGGGCAUCACUCACUUCCGUUCUGGAAUGAGCCACGAGGAAGACCAACUGAUCCCUAACUUGUACCGCUACAUCCAGCCCUGGGAGAGCGAGUUCAUCGACUCCCAGAGAGUGUGGGCAGAGUACGCCCUCAAGAGACAGGAGGCCAUCGCCCAGAACAGGCGUCUGACCCUGGAGGACUUGGAGGACUCCUGGGACAGGGGCAUCCCCCGCAUCAACACUCUGUUCCAGAAGGACAGACACACGCUGGCCUACGACAAGGGCUGGAGGGUCAGGACCGACUUCAAACAGUAUCAGGUGCUGAAGCAGAACCCCUUCUGGUGGACCCAUCAGAGGCACGACGGCAAGCUGUGGAAUUUGAACAACUACCGUACCGACAUGAUCCAGGCUCUGGGCGGCGUGGAGGGCAUCCUGGAGCACACCCUGUUCAAAGGCACCUACUUCCCCACCUGGGAGGGUCUCUUCUGGGAGAAGGCCAGUGGUUUUGAGGAGUCCAUGAAAUGGAAGAAGCUGACCAACGCCCAGAGAUCUGGUCUCAACCAGAUCCCCAACCGUCGCUUCACACUCUGGUGGUCGCCCACCAUCAACAGAGCCAACGUCUACGUGGGCUUCCAGGUGCAGCUUGACCUGACGGGCAUCUUCAUGCAUGGCAAGAUCCCCACGCUGAAGAUCUCCCUCAUUCAGAUCUUCAGGGCUCACUUGUGGCAGAAGAUCCACGAGAGCGUGGUGAUGGAUCUCUGCCAGGUGUUUGACCAGGAGCUGGACGCUCUGGAGAUCGAGACGGUGCAGAAGGAAACCAUCCAUCCCAGGAAGUCCUACAAGAUGAACUCCUCCUGUGCAGACAUCCUCCUCUUCGCCUCCUACAAGUGGAACGUCUCCAGGCCCUCACUGCUCGCCGACUCAAAGGACGUGAUGGACAGCACCACCACUCAGAAGUACUGGAUCGACAUUCAGCUGCGCUGGGGAGACUACGACUCCCACGACAUUGAGCGCUACGCCAGGGCCAAGUUCCUGGACUACACCACCGACAACAUGAGUAUCUACCCCUCCCCCACAGGGGUGCUCAUCGCCCUCGACCUGGCCUACAACCUCCACAGCGCGUACGGUAACUGGUUCCCCGGAGGCAAGCCUCUGAUCCAGCAGGCCAUGGCCAAGAUCAUGAAGGCCAACCCCGCCCUGUAUGUGCUGAGGGAGCGCAUCCGCAAAGGGCUGCAGCUGUACUCCUCCGAGCCCACCGAGCCCUACCUCUCCUCGCAGAACUACGGAGAGCUCUUCUCCAACCAGAUCAUCUGGUUCGUAGACGACACCAACGUCUACCGUGUCACCAUCCACAAGACCUUUGAGGGUAACUUGACCACAAAGCCCAUCAAUGGAGCCAUCUUCAUCUUCAACCCCAGGACUGGCCAGCUCUUCCUCAAGAUCAUCCACACGUCUGUGUGGGCCGGCCAGAAACGUCUUGGACAGCUGGCUAAAUGGAAGACUGCUGAGGAAGUUGCUGCCCUGAUUCGAUCCCUCCCUGUGGAGGAGCAGCCCAAGCAGAUCAUCGUGACCAGGAAGGGCAUGUUGGACCCUCUUGAGGUUCACUUGCUUGAUUUCCCCAACAUCGUCAUCAAAGGCUCUGAGCUCCAGCUGCCCUUCCAGGCCUGUCUCAAGGUGGAGAAGUUCGGAGAUCUGAUCCUGAAGGCCACCGAGCCCCAGAUGGUUCUGUUCAACCUCUACGACGACUGGCUGAAGACCAUCUCUUCCUACACAGCCUUCUCUCGUCUCAUCCUCAUCCUGAGGGCGCUCCACGUCAACAACGACAGGGCCAAGGUGAUCCUGAAACCAGACAAGACGACCAUCACAGAGCCCCAUCACAUCUGGCCAACCCUCACGGAUGAGGAAUGGAUCAAGGUGGAGGUGCAGCUCAAAGAUCUGAUCCUGGCUGACUACGGAAAGAAGAACAACGUGAACGUGGCCUCCCUGACCCAGUCUGAGAUCAGAGACAUCAUCCUGGGUAUGGAGAUAUCCGCUCCCUCCCAGCAACGCCAGCAGAUCGCGGAGAUCGAGAAGCAGACCAAGGAGCAGUCCCAGCUCACCGCCACCCAGACCCGCACCGUCAACAAGCACGGUGACGAGAUCAUCACCUCCACCACCUCCAACUACGAGACGCAGACCUUCUCCUCCAAGACCGAAUGGAGGGUCAGGGCUAUAUCUGCUGCCAACCUCCAUCUGAGGACAAACCACAUCUACGUUUCCUCUGACGACAUCAAGGAGACGGGCUACACCUACAUCCUGCCCAAGAACGUCCUGAAGAAGUUCAUCUGCAUCUCUGACCUGCGAGCACAGAUCGCCGGCUACCUCUAUGGCACCAGUCCCCCGGACAACCCCCAGGUGAAGGAGAUCCGCUGCAUCGUAAUGGUGCCCCAGUGGGGAACUCACCAGACGGUCCACCUGCCCAACCAGCUCCCAGGACACGAGUACCUCAAGGAGAUGGAGCCUCUUGGCUGGAUCCACACGCAGCCCAACGAGUCUCCUCAGCUGUCCCCCCAGGACGUCACCACCCACGCCAAGGUCAUGGCUGACAACCCUUCAUGGGACGGAGAGAAAACCAUCAUCAUCACCUGCAGCUUCACUCCUGGCUCGUGCACGCUGACCGCCUACAAGCUGACGCCCAGCGGAUACGAGUGGGGUCGACAGAACACGGACAAGGGCAACAACCCCAAGGGUUACCUGCCGUCCCACUACGAGAGGGUCCAGAUGCUGCUCUCUGACCGCUUCCUGGGCUUCUUCAUGGUUCCCGGCCAGGUCUCAUGGAAUUACAACUUCAUGGGUGUCCGCCACGACCCCAACAUGAAGUACGACCUGCAGCUGUCCAACCCCAAGGAGUUCUACCACGAGGUGCACAGGCCCUCUCACUUCCUCAACUUCGCAUCGCUGCAGGAGGGCGAGAUCUACAACGCGGACCGCGAGGAUGUGUACGGCUGAGCGAGGCGGGGGCCAGCCAGCCUGUUCUCAAAGCUCUUUGUAGAUACUUCUGCAGGGUAGCGUUUAGCGCCAGUCCCUGUGCAGGUGGUGUCGUGUUUCUUCUGGCGGAGAAAUGGCAAACCCUGGACAUUGAAAGAAUCCUGUACACAUUUUUUGAUGUUUUCUAUUCUUAUUGCUAGUCCCAAUCCCCAACCUUUUCCUCAAACUGGCUUUCAGAAAGUUUAGAAUUGUCUGUUAUUUGUCAUCUCUGCAUCUGUGCAUUUAUUUGUAGUAUUAUCGUUUUAGUACUCACGUGUGAAUUUAAUUUGUCUUGAAAUUUUGAAUUGUAAUUGCAAAAUCAUUUUUUAUACAAACGACUGUACCAGACGCCAUCUGACUACGUUAUACUGUACGUUGUGUGACGUCGUUGUUGGGGUUAAAUAAAGAAAGGAUUUUACUA